GUGUCCUCCCAUCUCGCCCUGCACACAACACACCCAGUCUCCAGAGAUAACAAGUUUGGAGUCAAGCAGCCCAGCAGAGUGGCCAUCGUCUCCCAUCUAGCCGCUCGAUUCCCAUCAUGGCUCCCCCAUCUCCACUCAACUUGCCUACCGAUUCUCCCAAUGCCCCAACUCAUGAGCCCUCGGGAAUCAAAUCAGCCCCAGAAACCGCCGCCCAGCAGCAGCCGGCGGCAUCCCCACCCGAACCGGCAUCCCCAGCCGAGUCGGCCUCCCCACCUGAUACCUUGGAGAGCCUGAUGAUCCAGCUCGGUGUCAUCACUGGUGGCCAGCUUAUGAAUGACCAGGAGGAUGCUGGCUAUCAUCCCGUCAAGAUCGGUGAAAGAUUCCAUGACGAUCGAUACCAAGUCGUCCGUAAACUGGGCGAGGGACAGUUCAGUAUGGUCUGGCUAGCUCAUGACCAACAGCUCGAUCGACACGUGGCCCUCAAAAUCUUCAAGUCCUCCAAAUUCUUCACCGACUCGGCUGAGGCCGAAAUCAAACUCCUCGAACGCGUCUCCCGCGCGAAUCCAGCUCAUCCGGGGUAUGCUCACGUGGCCGGUCUGCUCGAUCACUUCAAGCAUCAGGGGCCUAAUGGGAGCCAUGUCUGUCUGGUCUUCGAGCCACUCGGCCAAAGCCUCGGAGCGCUCAUCAGACGUCACAAGAAAAAGAUCCCCGAGCCAAUUGUUCGUAAGAUCGGCCAACAGGUCUUGCUAGCAUUGGACUAUCUCCAUCGCGAAUGCGGGAUCAUUCACAUCGAUAUGAAACCCGAUAACGUGUUGAUCGUUGUUGAGGACGUCGAAGGAGUGAUCCGUAGGGACUUGGAGCACAAGCCAAAGGGCGGAUACGACAGCAAGUCUUCGAUCCCACUCUCGACUAGUUCCUCCGAUCCUUUCCACCUUCAAGGCCAGUCUGACCAUGACCCUAUCGCCGUCAAGAUCAUCGAUUUCGGCAGCGCCACUUGGGUUGCAGACCGUCGAGUCGAGGGUGUCACCACUCGUCCGUAUCGCAGUCCUGAGCUCAUGCUCGAUGCUCCUUGGGACCAGCGAAUUGACAUAUGGAGCACAGGUUGCAUGUUGGUCGAGCUCUUGACCGGAUAUCUUCUCUUCCCAGCUCCCCUCGACCUACCAGAUGAACAUCUCCUUGGGAUGAUGAUCGUCUUGUUAGGCCCGUUUCCAGUCGAAGUAGUCAAGGCCGGGAAGUACUUCCACCAGGAAAUUGCCCAACUAGACCAAAUGAUAGCCAAGCAAAGAUCACAGACUCAAAGCCUUGAAGAACGGCUCCUGAUCGAUUAUCCAUCUGACCGAUCCAUCAGUCAAUGUAUACUGAAAAUGUUGCAGAUCGAUCACUCCAAACGAGCCCAAGCAAAGGAGAUCCUCGACGCUAAGGGUUGGUUAGGAUCCGAUGCAUGACUGAAAUAGAAAUCGGGUUGUUAUCUUGAUCACGCUUGUCGGUCCCGUUUUGGAGCAUUUUGUGCUGAUCACAGCUUCUAAGCCCAUCUUCACGCCUUCAUAUUUGAUCCAACACUCUGGACUCUAUGAGCCAUGUCAAGCUCCUACUACCUGUGACUUGUACCUUCCUUCCAGAUAUCCUUUCAUUAUCCAGUUACCCGUACCAUCAAAUGUCCUGGUUUUUCUUCCCCUUUCCUCUCGGCUGUAUGUUACCAAAAAUAGCUCCCUGUAUGCUUGCAGUGAUUGUUCACUCACAAGCAGGACCUUUAUUUAUUAUCUUACACAAUGAUCAUACCAGACUUUGUGUUUUAUCAAGCUCAGGUGGUACAUUCAAAUAAUCAUUUCAUGUGUUUAAUUGAGCGGCAUCAUGUUUCCACACAACGUGUCUUCC